UCAACCAAUCACGAGCGACGCUGCCUCCCUACGACCCGCUAACUUGUGUGAAGUGAGCCGCCGCAGUCGCGUGGCGUUCGUGAGUGGCAUCACAUGUUGUAUUUUUGGUCUCGGUAAGUAACUUUUUUCGUUCGUACUUUUUUUGUUAUUGUGUCUUUGGAUCUGUUAGAAACAAUGCUGUUGUUAUGCCAAAUGUAAAUAUGAUAAUUUUAUUCUAUAUUACACAGUAUUGCUUCCAUGUUAGUGCCACAGUUUGCAUAUGAUACGCAGGUGAAAUUCAAAAUGGCGUCAGGGGUUGGUUGACUAAUUUUGUUCGGGGUAGGUAGACUAAUUGGUCAACCAACCCCUUUAUAAUAAGUAUAACAUUUUAUCAUUUAUUUAAAGAAUUGUGUGGGCUAAUGGUUAAUGUGCAUCAUCAAUGUAAACACUAUCAUAGUCUUCUUUCACAUACUAAAUUUCAGUUGUAUUUUUACAGAAAAUGAGGACGUACAAAAGAAAAUCUGAAAGGGGUGAUGUACCAAAAGAUAUCAUAGAAAGAGCUUGCCACGCAGUAAUCUUCGAUAAUAAUAGCAUCAACGCCACAUCAAAGAAAUACCAAAUUCCAUACAAAACGUUGCAUCGUUAUGUGACUAAACUUAAACAAAAACUAGAAAGUUGUCCGAACCUCGGGAAAGCUGAUUUGACCCUGGACACGGCGGGGUACAUAAAAAAUAGGCAGGUAUUUAGCGAUGACGAAGAAAAUAAACUGGUAGCUUAUUUGAAGACGGCUGCUGACAUUUACUAUGGAUUAACACCGUAUGAGACACGCAAGUUUGCAUUUGAAUACGCAAAAAAGAAUAAUAAAACUGUACCUGAAUCUUGGAAUACAAAAUUAAUGGCUGGCGAAGAUUGGCUUGGUAAUUUCUUAAAACGUCAUCCCUCGUUAUCAAUAAGAUCACCUCAACCUACAAGCCUGUCUAGAGCUACGUCGUUCAACAAACAAAAUGUAAGUGAGUUCUUUGUUAACUUGAAAACAGUUUACGAACGAUUAAAUCUAAGCCCAGGUGAUAUUUGGAAUGUUGAUGAGACGGGACUUACAACAGUCCAUGUGCCUAAUAGAGUCAUAGCUCGCCGGGGUAUUAAAAAUUUGGGUAAAAUGACUUCGGCUGAAAGAGGCACUUUAGUGACAAUUGCAGUAGCAAUUUCAGCUCUCGGCAACAUGGUUCCCCCGUUUUUUGUUUUUCCAAGAGUACAUUUCAAGGAGCAUUUUCUUAAUGCGGGUCCUAUAGGUUCAGAAGGUGACGCUAACCCAUCUGGGUGGAUGAAAGAAGAAAAUUUCAUAAAAUACGCAAAGCAUUUUGUGAAACACGUGAAACCCAGUAAAGAAAAGCCUAUUCUUCUGCUCUUGGACAACCACGACUCACAUUUAUCAAUCGAGGUGCUGGAUUAUUUCAAAAACAAUGGGAUUACAGUUUUGUCAUUCCCCCCUCAUUGUAGCCACAAACUACAACCACUGGACAGAAGCGUUUACGGACCUCUCAAGAAAUAUUACAAUAAAGCCAGCGACAACUGGCUAGCUACUCACCCUGGAAAAACCAUCACAAUUUACGAUAUUCCGGAAUUGUUAAAAAUAUCUCUGCCAAUGGCGGCUACAAUCGACAAUAUACAGUCUGGAUUCAGAGUCACCGGUAUUUCGCCGCUUAAUGAAAAUAUAUUUCCUGAGUCUGAAUUUAGUGGAGCCUUUGUUACUGAUAGGCCAUUACCAGACGCACAUGACGCUAGAUCCUCAACCGCUGGUAGUGCGGUAGCAGGUCCAUCAAAUUCGCAAAAUAAUUUAGACAUUGGAAAUACUGUUCCACAAACCUCUCAAACAAAUUCAUCGGUUACUUUACCUCAAGUUGUAGAACUUCCAUCAAAUUCAGGCAGUGGUUCUGCUAAUCUAAUGGUUCCUAUAUUGCCCGAAAGAUCAAGGUCAUCUAGUACCGUUUGCGAAUCACCUUCUAUUCUCGAUGAAGAACACGUACAAGAAGAACCAGAAAUAGAGAACAUACAUCAGUCAGAUAUUGAUGCAUGCCCAUUUGAAACUCCACCACCACCUGGAUUUAAUCAAGAUAUACUUCCACAUAUCGAACCACACCCAUGUGUAACACCACCUCCACCUGAAUCCAAUCAAAGUUUUCUUUCACCUGAAGAGAUUAGACCUUUUCCGAAAGCAGCACCACGAUUAGGAAGUAGAAUAAACAUACGAAAACGUAGAAGCACCAUAUAUACAGACACUCCUGAGAAAGAAAAUCUUCUUGAAAACAAAAUGAAGCAAAUACGGAAGGAUACUUUAAAAAAGAUGAAAAAAGAAAAAAAUACCCCAAAAAUAAAAGGAAAAAACAAGGGAACAGGCAAGGGCAAAGGUAAAGGAAAGGGGAAGGGAAAGAAAACUAAGAAUAACGAUGAUCUUUCAGAAAUAAGCGACGAUGAUGACGCGAUUUGUCUAGAAUGUACCGAAUCCUAUUCAGCCAGUAAACCUGGUGAAGAGUGGAUUCAGUGCAUUACGUGUAAAUUAUGGGCUCAUUCUAAAUGUGCAAAAGGUAAUUUGAUAUUGUAUGAAUGUAAGAAUUGUAAUUCUGAUUUAGAAGACUGAUAUGACGGUCUGAUUUUAGAUAGAUCUUUACUAAAACUAGAUAACAUGAGACAGGUUCUAUUCAUAGUUAGGUUAAGUUUUAGAAAAUAAAUCUUAUAUUUUGGUAAAUAUUAAAGUGGCUAAUGAUAAUCACUAUUUUAAAGAUUAUAAUAUUUUGUUAGCAGAUAUACUUAAAAACUCUAAUAUGAGACUGAUUGUUCUAUUUUCAUAAAUAAGUUAAUUUAGAAAAGAAGUUUUCUGUUUUAUUAUUAGUUUAUAAUAUUAGAUACUCACAAGUUUAUGUAUGUUGAAUAAUAUUUUUAUAAAAGCAAUUUUAUCUGUGAUUAGCGAUUUAUUAGAAUAAUUCAAGUUACAAUUAUGGUUGAAACAGAAAGUACAAAAAUUAAUCCCUCAAGAAUUGUUAAUUUUAGUUUUUUUAAUAGUUUAAAAAGUCACCUUUAGUAAAGUUCUUUAUUAACCGAGAAUGGAUCUCAAAUUUAAGUUUGUUUAUAAUUAAAUAAAAAGUUUCUAUCAUUUAGUACAUUUUAAUGUUUUAUUGUAUACUAAUCCUCUUUAUUUACACUAAUUACUGCCUAGGUCAACCUACCCCAUGCCUAUGGUCAACUUACCCCGAACAUGGGGUAGGUUGACCAAGCGUCAGGGGUUUAGAAAAUCGACUAAAUAAAUAUUAUAAUGAUAAAUAUAUAGGUUAUAGAUUAGUAUUUUAGGUACCUGAAUAGUUCUUCUAUCUGUAUCAACUGCUAUUUUUGUUAUAUUCACUUUAACAUCAGAGAUAUACGAGCUUAAGUCAAAAGUUAGUCAACCAUCCCCGGUCUCCCCUACCCCAGAAUUAAAUGAAGGCAAUUUAGAUGAAACUGCUGAUGGAAACUGUAGUGAUAAUAAUGAACGGUCCCCAACUCCCCAGUCAAUAGCUGGUUCAUCUACAAGUACACAAUAUACGAGCACCAAACGUAAAUGUGCACAAGAUGUAAGACAGGAAUUCAUGGAAUUAGAGAAGAAAAAGUUGGAAUUAUUACAAAUUAAACUGUCGCAAAGCAGCGAAAGGCAAGAACAAGAUUGCGAAGACCUGUUAUUUUUUAAAAGUCUGUUGCCGUACAUGAAGGAGUUUACUCCUAUGCAAAAAUUACGUACGAGAAACAAAAUUACAGAAGUUGUUAUGAAUGAAAUGAAUAGUUUCACGUCCCAGGCUUACCAUAGUUACAAUAGUUACGAAUAUAACACAUCAAAUUAUGAAAAUUAAACUUU